CGGAACCGAGAUGUUCUGCGAGAAAGCGGUGGAGUUAAUCCGGGAGCUGCACCGGAUGACUGACGGACAGCUUCCCGCUUUUAACGAGGACGGACUGCGGCAGGUUCUGCAGGAGAUGGAGGCGCUUUACGAGCAGAACCAGGCGGACGUUAACGAGGCGAAGGCUGAAGGUCGAUCUGACCUCAUUCCCUCCAUCAAACUACGUCACUGCUGCUUGUUGAGGAACCAACGCUGCCUCACCGCCUACCUGUACGACCGGCUGCUGAGGAUGCGCGCUCUGCGCUGGGAGUACGGCAGCGUUCUACCGGCUAACGUUCGGUUCCACAUGUGUGCGGAGGAGGUGCAGUGGUUCAGCCAGUACAAGAAGUCUCUGGCCUCCUUCAUGCGGUCUCUGGGGGGCGAUGGUCUGGACCUCACGCAGGACAUGAAGCCCCCAAAGAGCCUCUACAUCCAGGUGAGGUGUUUAAAGGACCACGGAGAACUGGAGAUCGACGAUGGAACUGUGAUCCUGCUGAAGAAGAACAGUCAGCACUUCCUGCCGCGGUGGAAAUGCGAGCAGCUGAUUCGUCAGGGCGUCCUGGAGCACGUGGUGUCCUGACGGAGCGUUCCCAUUGGUCCAUCCGACGGCCAGAUGUCCCUGAACGCAACAGUUUCAAAAUAAAACCGAUGUUUUUCUAAACGUGUGGCCUGUCUGUUACCGGAAGUGCUCAUGACGUCAUGAGACGGUUGGAAGGUGCAGCUCACUUUAAAUACGUUUUAUUUAUAAAUUAUUAUCUUUGUUUUAAUAACUUUAAAGG